AUGCACAAACAAGCUCUGCAUCAUCGGCCAGACCAUCUGACACAGACGGGCGCCCCGUUCAAGGGAGUUUCUGAGACAGCGCGUGCGUACCGCGGCAUCGACGUGACGCAGACGGCAGGCAACGUUGGCGAGGUUGACGCCGAGGUGGCCGUUGCCGCCGCUCAGCGGCCGAGGCUCCCAUUCCGCGGGCGGACAACGACGCAGGACGCUUAUGCAAGCGGACAGGCUGGCAGAAUCAAUCCCCAGAUUGGAGCGCCCAUUCAGAAGCUGCACGGCCGGCCGACGGUUGACGUGAGCCUCCGAUUCCGCGGUGUAACGGCGACACAGGCGGCGCAUUCGCCACGGGCGCUGGCGGCGCCGCCGACCUCGUCGGACGGCGGCGCGUCUGGAGCUGUGGGAUCUGCUGCUGGUCAGAGUCCGGCUGAGCCCCCUCUUCGCCCUGGCUACCCAUUCCAGGGCCGAUCGACAACACAGGAAGCGCUUGCGGCCGUGGCAGCGGCAGCAGCGGCGUCAGAUGACUCGACGGGCGCGAUGCUCCGGGGCGUGAGUGAGCCGAGCCUUCAUCAUGAAGCUGAUCAUCUCACUGAUCCCAAUGCCUCUUUCCACGCAGUCUCCAGCUACCAGGCUCAGUACCGGGUGCACAAGGCCUCGGCCUACGCCGGCGAGCCUGCGCCUGUUGUUGCGCCUGUGGCCAUCCAGCGGCCGUUCCGCGGCGUCUCGACGACGCAUGCGGCACAGCAGAUGGCGCAGCUGAUGGCGGAGACGCGGCCGCUCCCGAACGCUUGGGUGUAAACGAUGUCAAUUCGA